AGUCGCCGUUUGGUUCGAGCUGGUCGUGUGAAGCUCGCCUCGACCGGCGGACUUGGCAUCGCUCGGACGCGUGUCAUCCUGCGAAACAUAAGCGCACGACGCUGAAAACUUGCGCGGGAAAUGGACGCCCGAGCGAUGGCAAGGCGGAGGGAGGGAGGUUGCACAGGGAUGGCCGCCACCCGCCUCGCGGUGCUCUUGCUGGCGCUCGCGUCGUGGCCCGUGGCCAGCAUCCAGCCCAAGGACCUGGCGACCUGGCUCUCCUCCGAGGACGGUCUCGGCCUGUCCACGUCCGCCGCCUCGGCCCUGGCCGGCCAGGAGUACCGCGCGCUCACCCUGUGUGGUGUCACCCUGCAGGACCUGCAGGCCCUGAGGGACACGCUGAAGACCAAGCUGGACCUCGGCGUCUCCGCGACCGUGCAGAAGAGCCUCUUCGUGCUGGCGGAGCAGCACGCCACCGCGGACAAGCUCUACAGCAUGUACUACUACCUCUCCAGUAGUUACACUCUGCACGGCGGCCUCGGCCUGGACAAGGACCGCGCGCAGUCCAUGGCGAUUUCUAUGACCCUGGCGAGGGCGGAGCCAGAUCAGUUGUACGCUUUGUACCAAGUGAUGUACGGCUACAAGGGUCUGGGCCUCGAUCAGAAGACAGCGCAGGGAUAUGCCAUCCAGGCGGCGGUGGCCGGUGCGGACGCUCCCACGUUCAAGGAAACUUAUUUAAAGAACAAGGACUUGCAGAAGGCCAUGCUCAUGGGCGUGUCCGCCAACCUGCAGGGUUUGGUGAAGCGCUACGCGAAGAACGGGCAGCCUUACACGGUGGAUGAGUUUCAGCAGUAUUAUCCUUCGGACUGGCUCCAGGAAUGGGUCGACGGACCCCUUGAGAAGAAGGUUUCGACAGACAAGAAGGCGUAUACUGCGAGCUCCUUCAGUAGGCACUUCGGGACUAACUGGGCUGCGAAGUAUCGCACCAGUGACGAGGCCACCCAGGUCCGCCUUGCCAGAGAUGGCAAGCCAUACACGAUCCCGCAGUUUCAGUCCUAUUACGGGAACUCCUGGCAGACGGAAUUUAAUGCUGCUCCCGAACUCGCUUGCUCGGAGUGUGCCCCUUACAUGCUCAUGGAAGGUGCGGCUGAGAUAGCUGAGCUGGUGGUCUAGGGAGUUGGCGAUCGCGAUAGUUUCUGUUGGCGACGAAGUCCGAAUCCUACCCCCCGCCCGUCGAUUUUGACCGGCAGGGGUUGAACGAGUUGGGUUCAUGUCGCUUGUGCACACCGGUGUCCUGGCCCCCCACCCAGGGUUUGGACCAGUAGGGGUAGGGAGCACGUGUGGCUGCCUAUUCUGACGGCUGGCACGUGUGGUCGAGUAUGUUCCACAGACUGAAUCGCUUGCGGCGCGAGGGCGCUUCAGCGUAGCAGUGAAAAUGAACCUCGCACCCUUCCGCGACGCGUCCGUCUAUGAGGCAUUGGCGUAGCAGCGAACUAAA